UUAAAGCAAAGACAAAUCAUUUCUCUCUUUCUCUCCAUAUAGAGAAGACUCUCUCUCUAGUUUUCUUGAUCUUCCGGUGUCCUUUAAGACGAUCAAGCUAGGAAACAUGGGAAGUAGUUUCUUUGGUAGACCAAACAUAGGAGGAUCUUCGCCAUCUUCAUCGUCUCCAACGUCGUCUUCUUCUUCUCCGACGACAAGAAGAGGGAAAAAGAAUGGCUCAGAGAAGCCCAAGCAGCCACAGAGAGGUCUCGGAGUAGCACAAUUGGAGAAGAUUAGAUUACACGGCGAAAUUAGUUGCAAUAGCUUCAACAAUUAUAACCCUUCUUUGUAUCCUCAGGAGGAUGAGAGGAUGCAAGGAUAUUCAUCCAUACCAUCAUCAUCACCAUCACAAUCUUCGGCUCCUUACGGGUUCUAUCCAAACAUGAUGAUGGGAGUACACAGAGAUCAAUACGAAAGAGCAAACAUGAGUUGGAACCCAAGCCACGGCAUCUUGGAGAGCCAACAUUCUUUCGAACCAAACAUCACCAGACGUUUCUUACACGAGGAUCCAAGUUCGACAAGGCGAAGUAAAUCUUUGGGAUCUGGAAACCAAAACUCGGGAUCGAGUGAAAAUCAAGAGCUAGAU